CAUCGACAGACCUUUUGCUCUUCGGCAAAUCCAUACAACAAUGGCACACAAGUACAGGUCUCUUGGCGAGAGUGGCCGUCAUCUGCGUCUCGGUGGCUAUGUCGGCUUCGACUCGCUCCCCAACCAGCUCGUCAACAUCCGCAAGUCGCAGGGCUUUGGCUUCAACCUGCUCGUUGUCGGCGAGUCUGGCAUUGGCAAGCACACCCUGGUCGAUUCGCUGUUCAAGACCAACUUUGAGCACGAUCAGCUUGAUCAGCCCGCCAAGGCUGUCACCCUGACCAGCAACACUUACGAGCUCAACGAGACUGGUGUCGAUCUCCGCCUGAGCGUGACCCAUUCGCGUGGAUUCGGCGACCAGGUCAACAACGCCGAUGGCAUCAAGCCCAUCGUCGACUUUGUCGACGCUCGCUUUGACGAGUUCCUCCAGCAAGAGUUCAAGCCAUCGCGCGACCUCAAGUCCUGGAUUGACACGCGCAUUCACGCUUGCUUGUACCUGCUCACCCCGACCGGCCACUCGAUCAAGUCGAUCGAUCUGCUUGCCCUGAAGGAGCUGUCGACUCGCGUCAACAUCAUCCUUGUCAUUGCCAAGUCGGACACUGUUUCCCGAUCCGAGCUUGACGAGUACAAGCAGCGCAUCCUGAACGAGCUUGACGACAACAACAUCAAGCUGUACAGCUUCCCCACUGACGACAGCGACGAUGUUGCCAAGCUCAACGAGAAGCUCAACGCCGAAGUGCCGUUUGCCGUUGUCGGCUCGCGGACAGAGGCCAACCUCGGCGGCCAGCGCGUUCGCGUUCGUCAGUACCCCUGGGGCAUUGUCGAGGUCGAGAACGAGGCGCACUCGGACUUCCCCAAGCUGCGCGAGAUGCUCAUCCGCACCAACAUGGACGACCUGAUUGGCAAGACCCACCACGGCCACUACGAGCACUUCCGCCAGCAAAACUUUAGCAAGCUCGGUCUUGGCGGCAAUGCCGACUCGACCGUGUCUGAGGCGUACAACAAGAAGCUCGCCGAGCACGAGGCAGAGAAGCAGCGCAUCGAGGAGGCCAUGCGACAGACCUUUGUUGCCCGCGUCAAGGACAAGGACACUGAGCUCCAGCGCGCCGGCCUUGAGCUCAACCAGCGAUUUGAAAAGCAGAUGCGUCAAGUCAAGGAGCAACUCAAGGAGUUUGAGGAGCAAGACAAGCGCAUCUCGACCGAGCUCGAGGCCAUCCGAGCGGCAAUGGCUGACCUCAACAAGGACAAGAAGAAGGACAAGAAGACAAAGUAAAACCCUGGGCUCCUUGUAAUCACCAAGAAGGCGACCACCCCCCCCCCUCUCUUUUGCCAUCAAAGAACGAGCGGCGAGCUCGCGGUUGAGUCCUCUUUUGUCAGAUUCUUCUUAAAGUUGCUGUUUCGUUUCCCCCCUUUUUGUGUGUGCAGGUCUCUUUGAUUUCUUUUGGAUGUUUAUUUCUUGUGUUGUUUAGUCUGAUGGGUUUGUUGUUUUUGCUUUCGCUUUGCGCCUGUUUCACUUUUUGCUCUGCAUUUAAUUAACGGCGUUGGUUACAAA